AUGAUCCUAUAUUCUCACGUCCGGUCGCCAAUCAAAUGGACCGGCAACAGUGACAUAAGACUUAAGAUUACACUUAUUUACGAGCAAACAAGCGAGCUUGAUAACAUUAAGCGGCCAGAGACGAAGAAGUGUUUCUAUUGUGCGAAAAAUACUGAAGCGGAUGUUCACCAUCAGUUUAAUCGUUGGUUUAGGUGGCGAUUUUAUUCCGACCGCGAGAUGGAGAGUACAGUGAAGCGCGUCCUUUCACUUACAAACCCAAAGAACUCGAUUCUCAAACUAUCGAUAAAAAGAGACGAAAAAUAA